AUGGCUGUUGCUGCAAAGUUCAGUUUUUCCGUGAGGAGCAUCCUGGAUUUGCCUGAGCAUGACGCCAAGACAGCGCAGCCUUCCCCCGGUAACUCCUGCUACAGCUCCCCUUACACCUCCUGGAUGGACAGCGACCGGAGCCCUUGUCUCUCUUCAGAUGAGGGUAGCCUGGAGAUCUCCCCAAACAAGUCAGACGAGUCUUCUCUGGACUCUGAGGCCGAGAAGAAGAAGAAGCGCCGCGUGCUCUUCUCAAAGGCCCAGACCUUCGAGCUUGAGAGGCGCUUCCGUCAGCAGCGCUAUCUGUCAGCACCAGAGCGGGAGCAGCUCGCCCAUCUCCUCAGCCUGACGCCGACGCAGAUCAAGAUCUGGUUCCAGAACCACAGGUACAAAAUGAAGAGGUCGCGAGUAGAGGGAGCGCCACAAGACAUAAACCAAUCGCCAUUGUUGCGAAGAGUAGUGGUACCCAUCCUAGUUCGGGAUGGAAAGCCUUAUCAGACCUGCUUCAUUAACACGGAGAAAGGAGGCUGUCUUAGACCGACCACGUCCCCGGGUACACCCUUCAGUUUGGGAUACCAGUCUUUCCAGCUUCCGUCGCCGUUCGGUCUACCUUCCCCAUACCAGCAUUUUGCCAGCCCGGCAGCAUCUAGACACACCUUUGCUUGGAGAGACUUUCUGAACGACUCAGUUCAAUUCAGUUAUUUUAAGUGACUGAAAACAUCAACAAGAGGACAUUGCAUAGAGGAACACUUAAAACCAAAUAUGUUUUCUGAAUUCCCUUAUUUUUCGAGGUACUUAAGUGUUAAACUCUUACUAAUAAUGUUGUAUGAGAAGUAGGCUAUUUUGCACAUAUUUUAUUUUUGGUAUUUUAUUAAAUGUAGCCUAUUGAGUGAUAUUUUCGAAUGAUUAAAGUCGUUAUUAGUUUGUUGUAAUCUGGUGGUAGGCCUAUGGACAUUAUACUCCUAGUUUAAGUUUUGUUUAUCCAAUUGGAUCAUUGUUGUGUUUACUUUGCGUAGGCUUAUUUUAUCAGUAAUUUAACAUUUCUGUAAUUUUUAUGAAUUUCGAAUCUGCACCAAGAUAUCUGUCAAAAGUACGAGGGAAUUGGGAUAUAAUUGCUUUGGAAAUUGUUUUUCACUUUUGUCUGGAAAUGUUAUAGAACUUAAUCGUUAUAUUGAUUGGUUGGCCUAAAUGUUUUGUGUCUUUAUAGAAUUACGAAUAAAUCUUGUACAUGUCUGCACAUAUUGUCCAUUUUUCAGAAGUCCUCGUGCAUCUAGACCUACAUGUAUUCCAACAAAGCUAGGCUAUUGAGUAUUGAGGGAUACACCAUUCUAUCCAACAACUUCUGACACUAUUUCGGACUAUAGCGAAGAGUCUAUGACAUUGCAUCCUACCAGUGCUUGUUAUUUAUAUUUCUAUUAGAGGGAAGAGAAAGGCUUAGCUUAGAGGAACCUAUGGAAAUAAGAAACGAACAGCAAGAAAUGUUAGCUUUUAUCAUGUAAACGGUUCAGAACCCUAAAGCUGAGCAAACACCAUCGCACUCUAAAGAGUGGAUUUCACUGAGCAUAACAAAAACCGGGUAAACAUUCGACCAUACAGCUCGUCUCCCUCUCGUUCAAAAGGGCUCUCUCUUCGUGUGCUUCAAACGUGCAGGCAACGUAAAGCAUUAAUUUAACCCAUACAUAACUCUGCAAACUUCUUUGUAAAUGAUUUUUUAAUAACCGUUAUUGCAGUUUUAUCUGUAAUUAGCGAGAAAAUAAUGGACGAUGAAACCAAAGUAGCCUUAGUCCUGGGUUGCAUAGCGAUGGGCCUAUUUAAAUAAAAAAAUAAUAUUGCCAUUAAUAGUAGAAACUAUUUAUAGUGUAUGCCAUUUCAGUGUGUUGCGCUCUCCUUUCAUCAUUGGUUAUUGGGAGAUUAGCUUGUAGACAGAACAAUAUUAUAUUUGUAUCGUCCCUUUAAAUUGUCGAAUCAUUUGGAUUUAUGCGGGUUGGAUCCACACUUUUAUUUCUCUAUAAAAAUUAUUAUCUUAUGAGGGGAAAUGCU